AUGGAUGCUAUCGCGGCCGCCCAAGCCGCUACAGCUGGAUGGGUUCGUGAACAACAGACACGACAAGGGACGCACAAAAACAGGCUGUCCCAAGUUUCAACCACGUCUUCUAACGCGUCGAAGCGUUCAAGGCAGCACAUAGGCCCCUGGCAGCUGGGUAGAACUCUAGGGCGCGGCUCCUCUGGUCGAGUACGAUUAGCCAAGCAUGGUGAGACUGGUCAACUGGCUGCGGUCAAAAUUGUCCCCAAAUCAGCAGUUGGUUCAUUGACACAAAGCAGCAGUGUUCCGUACGGUAUCGAGAGAGAGGUAAUUAUAAUGAAGCUAAUCGAGCAUCCUAAUAUAAUGGGCCUUUACGAUGUUUGGGAGAACAAAGGUGAGCUUUACCUUAUUUUGGAGUAUAUCGAAGGAGGAGAGCUCUUUGACUAUCUUAUUUCCCGCGGAAGACUGCCUGAACGUGAGGCGGUACACUAUUUCCGCCAAAUAUGCUACGGGGUUGACUACUGUCAUCAGUUUAAUAUCUGUCACCGCGAUCUCAAACCUGAAAACUUACUCCUUGACAAACAUCGCAACAUAAAGAUUGCAGAUUUUGGCAUGGCAGCUCUUGAAACCCAGGGCCGAAUGCUGGAAACAAGCUGCGGAUCUCCUCAUUAUGCUUCACCAGAAAUUGUCGCAGGCAAAAAUUAUCAUGGUGCCCCUUCAGAUAUCUGGUCUUGUGGCAUCAUCCUUUUUGCACUACUUACAGGUCAUUUGCCGUUUGAUGAUGACUCGAUCCGCAAACUUCUUCUGAAAGUCCAGAGUGGUGUUUACUCAAUGCCGCGAAACCUGUCUACUGAGGCAAAAGAUUUGAUCUCACGUAUGCUGUUGGUUGAUCCUAAUAGGCGUAUAACUAUGAGGGAGAUAUUGGCACACCCUCUUUUGGCUAAAUACCCAUACCGUCGGGUCCCAACAGAAAACAAAGAGAUUCGUGGCCUUUUUGAUGCCCAUCACCCUGUCAGCUCUGUGACUGAAAUUGAUCGUGAGAUUCUCCGCAACUUACAGACUUUAUGGCAUCGUGAUGACUCGCAGAAGAUUAUUGAAAGACUCAUGUCGCCAGAUCCAAAUCCUGAAAAGACAUUCUACUGUUUACUUUUGAAAUAUCGUCAGAACCAUUCAAAAUUAUCCGCUCGCACAAAGACACCUCCCAAGAGUGUUGAGGCCUCAGGAGUGUCCACACCUCACAAAAAAGUGCGACACCGUCGCACGACCUCGACUGCAUCACAUCGCUCGGCAUUAUCAUCCAGAUCUUUGAGGUCGACCCGCUCCAUUAGGAGCAAUGGUGUAACUCGUGGAAGGGCCAAUGCGGCUUUGAGCCACUCCCGUACUGGUUCGAAAUACUCCAUUUCGAGUAUGGCGAGUCGUAGAGCACAAUUCAGCACAAGGAUGGCAGCGGUGCCCACAACUCGAAACACGGACGCAACACAUUUUGAAAGGCCCACCCAAGCCUACUACAAACUUGACGAGCCAUUCAUAGAUCAGAAAAAUCUGGAUGAUGUCGAUUCAGGCUUUGUGGCUCCACCAGAAUCUUCUGCUAGAGCCACAGAACGUACAUCUCGCACAUCGUCUCAUUUUGCAGAUAUGCUUGACCAGGCUUUUAAUUUCGACGAGCCACGGGCUGUAUCAGCCACUUUGGAUCCGGUGGUGUCUACUAACGAAAUACCGGAGAGGAGAACUGCGUCGGAGCCGACCACAGCGACGUCACCGCAUACUCUAGACCCCAGACAAAGCCUUGCCUUUGAUUUUGAGGAUCACUCUACACAGCCAGCUACAAUGGAAACGCUUCCGCACCAGUAUUUAUUACCAAUGAUUUUUGAAGAAGAUCGUUUCGCCGACGCCAUAGAGGAAGAGGUUGAGCUCAAGGUUCAUAAGAGGCGGCGUCCCAAACCUAUAUCGUUCAACGACGACAACUCUCGACUUCAAAUCUCGAACCUUAUAUCAGGAGAGAGUUUCUGCAGCUAUCAGCCAAGUGCGGCAGCAGCCUCAGUGCCACCCCCUGUUCGUCAGGCUCCUCAACCUCCGAAGCGGUCUGACCUGCAUGCACUCCCUGCUGUGAAGGAAGCAACCCAUAGUGACAUUGUGAACCGUAAACCGGUACCAAGCGCAUUGGAAAUUUCAUCCCUCAAAUCUGUUGUAAGCUUGAACACACCAAGUCCGCCAAUUAACCCAGCAGGCACCACAACCAGUCCAAAGGUCGGAGGUGGCUCAUUCUCACCAAGGCCCGCUCUUGCGGAUAGAUCGAAUCAGAUGAAUGACGCCAGUAAACCCAAAGAGUCUUUUCUUCGUCGUAUAACACCAAGAAGGCUUCGGACUCAGCCAGCUGAUUCCAGCGAAAAAAAGCGUGAGGAGCCGAGCCAAAACUGGCUCCUGAAGAUGCUCAACCUUAGUUCCUCGGAACCGGCACCACCAGGUAGGGUAUUAAUGUCCACUUUAGAACUGACUGAGUUUCAGUCAGUUAUAUUGGAGGUUAUGGAAGAAUGGCGCAAAUUUGGUCUCAGGAUUCAACAUGUCGAUGCUCAAAAGCACAUGAUUUCCGCAGCCAUCACCAGGCGCAAUGUAUUGCGUAUUCGACAAGUAAGAUUCACGAUUCAGAUGAAAGAAGCACCUCACGGUCGUUCAAUAGCAGAGAUCGCCCGCGAGAGAGGCUCACGCAGGUCUUUCCUUAGGUUCCUUUCGGAGUUAGACCGUGUCCUACAAGAUAUGGGUGUAAUCGAAGGGCGAGUUCAUUAG